AUGGCUGACUGGUCAAUUCUGGGCCGCUUUCUAACAGAGGUUCAGAAUCAUUCAACGGUAAUCGGUAAGAUCUGGCUGACGGUGCUUCUGAUCUUUCGCAUCCUGCUGGUGACCCUUGUUGGAGAUGCUGUGUACAGCGACGAGCAGUCAAAGUUUACCUGCAAUACGCUGCAGCCGGGCUGCAACAAUGUCUGCUAUGACACUUUCGCCCCUGUCUCACAUUUGCGCUUCUGGGUCUUCCAGAUUGUGCUGGUCUCAACACCUUCCAUCUUCUACAUAAUCUAUGUGCUGCACAAAAUCACCAAAGACGAGAAAAUGGAGACAGAGAGGGUCCAGGCAGAGACUAAGGACUCCGUGGGAGACUAUUCUGGGCAGCUGGAAGGGGACCGUGUCAGACUGGGAUAUGGACACCAGGGAGAAGAAUGGAGUGGUCAGGAUGAGGAUAGCAUAGAGCAAAGUCUCCUGCAGGAUGAUUUCGGAAAGGAGGGCAAGGAUCCAACCACACUCUCCAGUCAGGUUCUCCUCAUCUAUAUUGUUCACGUCUUGAUCCGCUCCGUCCUAGAGAUCACAUUUCUUGUUGGUCAGUACUACCUGUUUGGAUUUGAGGUGCCUCAUUUGUUUAGAUGUCAAACGUACCCUUGUCUGACACGGACUGAUUGUUUUGUGUCGCGAGCCACGGAAAAGACCAUUUUCCUUAAUUUUAUGUUUAGCAUUAGCCUGGGUUGUUUUCUCCUGAACAUUGUGGAGCUUCACUACCUCGGAUGGAUCUACAUUUUCCGCAUUUUGUGUGCUGCCUGCUUCCUGUGCAUCAGGCCAGAGAGGGAGCUGUAUUCUCAAAGCAGGCCUUUGCUGCUACGCCUGAGACAUUCAAUGCGGAGCAGGCUGGUCCUGCAGUCCCCCACAACCACCUUGUCUGAGGAAAAGACGGCGACGGCUUUGCUUUCACACGGCCCAGCCAUUUCCUUUGAGACUGACUCCACUCUUGAAUGCACCUCAAAGAGGAACCCAGAGGAGAGGGAAUGCAUGAGGCUGAAAUUGGCCAACAUGGCUAGAUUUACUGGCAAAAAGUCCUGGUUGUAAUGUGUAUUGAUGGUUUUUAUUUUCUCUUGUUACAUAAGCUCAUUGUAAAUUUCAGUUUGAGGCCUGUUUCACACACCCUGACCAUAUUAACAAGUAACAACUUUCACAAUGCAUACAGGCAGUUCUGCGGCCAAGAAGAAGCACUGAAAGUCAACUUUUGGAGCACUUCAUGCUGAAAUCAGCAGAAAAAAUAUUUUGAAAUAGAAACUUUUGAAUUAGAGCAACAUAAAAUGAUGGAGCGACCUAUUUGUUUGAAAAAAGACACGUGUUUUUAAAGGAAAUACUUUAUUUAAACUUAC